AACAUAAAAGAAGAAAGCGUUUCAUUAUAUACGUAACAUAAUGCGAUGCGAAAAUAUACGUCAAGACCGACGUAGACUCGUACGGCCGAACGCGAUUGUAAUAUACCGUUUUUAUGUUUCUUUUUAAUCUCACGAUCCCCGCGACCGAAUCGUUCCCGCCGUUCAAAUCCCUACCGACCUGGAACGCGUGAUCCGAAACAUGAUCUUGUCAGAAGCGGUCCCGGGAGAAGCGAUUACUAGGAUGCAGCUUUACCCCUUGUGUUGAAUGAAAGGGUUAGGCGACAAUUUCCCAAAAAGUGGAGGGAAUAAUGUUAGUACUAAGGAAAAUCUCUACACAAUAUAAUUCAAAGGCCUGUUCUUUGUAAUUGUACUGCUGAAUUGGUGCGAUAAAUUGAAGUAAGUAUAUGUUUUCUCACUCUAACCUUUGCAUUAGUUCAGUAGUGCAGUUACAAAAAACAUCAUUAAAUUAUAUCGUAUAGAGAUUUUCCUUGGUACAAACAUUAUCCCCUCCAAUUUUUGGGAAAUUAUCGCCUAACCAAUGAAAGAAUUCAUCUGAUGUUUCAUGGAAGCACAUUGAUAGGCGCAAACUCGGCUGUACCAAGUUAUCGCCGUAUCUGCCGAGAAAAGAGACAAAGCUAGCAUUCGACGUUACCUCUCUCGGAUCGCUCUACUCGAGGAUUGCACGGAAAGACGUUCCAGGACUGAUGGGAUUUGGCGGUUUUCGCACGUCCGAACCCGAUUGUCGAGUCGCAUGCGUCACAGUCUCGAGCAAGCUCUUGUUGAGGGAGAGAAGAAGAAAAGAAAGGGGGACAAGCAUCUUCUUUAUGGAGAUAGAUGUCUAUUGAAAGGAAAAGAAACGAGUGCGAUGACUUCACGGUCGUUUAGUAGUCGCAGCUACUACGUUACUGACAAAGAGGAAGCAUCUGCGAAUCGGCAAUAGUCACGGUGACGAUUAUCUGCUGGCAAUUCGCGCGCAAUUCGAGCGGAAGCAUGCAUACUUGACGUAUUUCCGUGGCGCGAACAUGUCGCAUAUUAAGUUUAUCCUGGCAAUUGUAUCAAGUAUGAUUCUAUGUCCUCUUUGUGAAGACGGGUGUCUAUUGGAAGGAAAAGAAAUGAGAAGAGAGUGCGAUGACUUCACGAUCGUUUAGUAGUUGCUGCUGCGUUGCUGACAAAGAGGGAGCAUCCGCGAAUCGGCGAUGGUUACGAUGACGAUAAUCUGCUAACAGUUUGUGUGCAAUUCGAGUGGAAGCAUGAAUACUUGGCAUAUUUCUAUGGUGCGAACAUGUCGCAUAUUAAGUUUGUCCUGGCGAUCGUAUACGAUCGCGAUCAAUACUUCCCAUCAUUUAGAACUCGACGAAACUACAAGUUGUAGAGACAUGCGAUUGUAUAGCAUGCACAUAUAAUAAAAACAAUCCAGCCAGCAAAAAUGUGCAAAAUCAAGUCAUAAGACCUCUUUAGGACGUCUUUAAGACAUCUUUAAGACAAUAUCUUAUAAAUUUGUCUUAAAGAUAUCUCGAAGAUGUCUUAAAAACGUUUUAUGACCCGAUUUUGGACAUUCUGCUGUCUGGAAAUGUACAUGAGUGAAUAUAUGUAUAUGAUAUGUAUAUGUAUAUUUCACAAGUGUUAUUACAAAUUAUGAAUUUCCCACUUCUGUAUUUUCUAAAUGAUCAAUAGUCCCAAAAUCUGUAUACAAUUUUGGUAUAUUAGUUUUUUAUUGAAAGCUUAAUUUCAGAGUUUACAAGAAAUUAAAAAUAACACAACUCUAAGAAACGUGUAUAAAAAGUGUCGACUCUAGUUUCAGAUAUCUCAACUAUCGAAUAGACGGCUACUUAAAACCUGGACAAAAUUAUAAUGCGACUGUAAUAUUUAUGCGGACCAGUUUGAUCGGGACCGAUGAAAUUGACAUGAAAGUGACGUUGACGUCGUGAACGGCAUAUGGACCUUAUCAAACUUUUGAUGUUUGAGGCGGCUAACACGUAGCGAUUUUUCAAAAGUGAUGAUUUACUAGUAAUUUCUUUAUGUCCGGAGCUCCCCACAAGGCGACUUUUUUUGGGAAUAUGACACGUCCACAUGUAAAAUAUCAAAUUGCUAGAGAUGAUGUAGAUACUACAGAUUAUUUGCCACAAAAUGUUCCAGAAUUUCAAAAUGUGUCAAAAUUAGAGACUUCAUUUUGGAAAAAAGCAUCCCAAGCACUUUUACUAAUCUCUGCUUACUUUGUUUUAUCAGUGGGCCUUACAUUUUAUCAACCAUGGCUUUACAAUACGUAUGGAUUUAAUUUUCCUCUGGGAGUAGUAGUUUGCCAUUUAGUCAUAAAGUUCAUUCUGGCUGCACUGAUAAGAUGCAUCAGAAGAUGUUGCAACAACAAACGGGUAAAUCUUCCAUGGCAAAGCAUAGUUUGCUCGUUAAUGGUACCUGGCAUUGCCAGUGGUGUCGAUGUUGGUUUGUCAAAUUGGGCACUUUCAUUAAUCCACAUGUCUUUAUAUACUAUGACUAAGUCAACUACUAUUAUAUUUAUUCUUGGAUUUUCCCUUGUUUUUAAACUAGAAAAGAAGUCAUGGUCGCUAGUAGGAAUAGUAGUGAUGAUAGCAGGAGGAUUGGCAAUGUUCACAUAUAAAUCUACCCAAUUCGGUGUUUUUGGAUUUAUACUGUGUCUCUUAGCGUCAUUUUCGAGUGGUAUUCGAUGGACUAUGACACAACUAAUAAUGCAAAGAUCCAAGAUUGGUCUCCAUGAUCCAAUAGACAUGAUGUAUUAUAUGCAACCUUGGAUGCUAUUACCUGCAUUAUUUGUAGCUUUAUGGUUUGAAGGAAACGAAAUAUAUUUUAAUUUAAAAAAUACUAACUGGAGCGAUAUCGGUAGUAUUUUAUUGACUACAAGUGCUGUAAUAGCAGGUGCCAUUCUAGCAUUUAGUAUGGAAGUGAUGGAAUUCUUAGUUAUUACUUAUACUUCUAGUCUGACAUUGUCGAUCUCGGGGAUAUUUAAGGAAAUAUUCAUAUUGAUACUGGCCUUUGCUUGGAAAGGUGACCAAAUGACUGGCUUUAACUUCAUAGGAUUGUUAAUGUGCCUUGGUGGUAUAAUACUUCACGUUGUUCAGAAAAUAUUGGUCAACAGAAAAAAAACAGUUGAAAAUUUGGAAUUGCAAUUGAAGUUACCGAGUGAGAGUUCUAAGCAUGAAGAGGGAACCGACUCGAAUAUACCGUUGUUAACAGAAAAGUCAACGUCCUUGAUGAAUCUUCUGAAUGCAGAAUUUAGUUCAGAUGAAGAUGGUGGCUUGAGAGAGGGCGAUAAUUCGACGCAAAUAUUGUCAGAUAUUUUACAACGCAGAGAGCAGUGAUACAUUGUAAAUUUUUAGCUCUAAUAUACACUAAUGUGUGCGAUGCGGUAUUACUUCAACGAGAAAAAACAUUCCAAACAACGUACGUUGAACAGCUUGUAGCAUUUUAUAUUUUUGCAUCAUAAACUUUAUAGUUGAUAACGAAACAUUAAGAUUACAAAAAUUAUACUUUAAGAAGUGAAGGUUUGACGUGAAAAUUAACAUAACGAAAAACGUGAGAAAAUGCUUUUAAGUAUUCUUUAAGAUCUUUUGGAUGAGAAUUUUUUUUAUUUAUAGAGAAUUUGAUUAUUUUAAAAUAAUUUAAUGAUAAAAGAGCAAGUUAUAUAAAUAUCCCGGAAAAAUCGUGAAGUACAAAGAUGAAAGUGUAAGAUUGACUUUAUAUAUAUUUUGAUAUUUAGUAGAAAAAUAUGGUUACAUAUAAAGAAACUAAAUUAUCAUUUGGAAAAAUAUGACUACAAUAUUAAUUUAUAUCAAUUAUAUGCACAUAUAUAUAUAUAUAUAUAUAUAUAUAUAUAUAUA